AGGCUCCAGUCCAGGGCCUUGAGCUGGGCUGCCCAGCCACGAGGUGGAGCCCAGCCAGGUACCUCGCUCCGCACAGCACCUAGGGGAGACGUGUGCUGAAUCCCAGCUCCCACCUGGGGCCUGCUGCUCCCCCCAGCCCCGACUUCCACCCCUGGUGUGGCCUGAGGCCUGGAAUGUGGAAGUUCUGGCUCCGUGAAUCUCCCGUAAUCAGAGCUGAGCUGGGCACUGGCGGGAGCCGGAGCAGAGGCAGAGCAGUUCUGAAGGUGAUGCUGCCCCGACAUUUCAUUCUGGGCCCGAGUGAGAAAGAGAAGGGUUAACGGGGCCGGGCACCAGCCACUGGCCUGCACCAUGAGCCGCUCCCAGGUUUCCUCCGGGAUUCACCACAUCGUCUCCUCUCCCUUCGAGAGCCCGGAGUCGGACGCCCUGGGCCCCGGCUCGCCCGCGCCGGCGGAGGACGAGGAGACCGACCUGAACAAGACGUUGGGGGUGGAGCGCUUUGAGGAGAUCCUGCACGACUCGCACCCGCGCAACGGGGAGGAGGCCGGCCGCAGCUACGGCGAGGAGGAUUUCGAGUAUCACCGCCAGUCGUCCCACCACAUCCACCACCCCCUCUCCACGCACCUGCCCCCCGACGCCCGCAGGAAGAAGGGGGGGCAGAAGGGCAAGAAGAAGCGGCGCCGGGCGUCCAUUCCAGGAGAGACCCCCACCAUCGAGGAGGCGGAGGAGGAUGAGGAUGAGACCUGCGACACGGAGCCAGAGCGGUCGGCCGAGGACCUGCCCGGGGGGAUCCAGUUCUUCUUGCAGGAGGACGAGGCUGCCGAGCGCUGCCCAGCGGAGCCCACGACCCCAACGUCUCUGCCAAGCUCCCCCAUGGAGCUGGGGGGGGCUGCAGCUACGGACCCCAAGGGGGCCGGCCCCAGGGCCGAGGAAGAGCGUGGGACCGAUGGGCCCAGUGCAGACGAGCCCAGCUGCCCAGGCCGCCCUGUUCCGAAGUCUCAGCCGGGGCACCGGAGCUACAACCUGAAUGAGAGGCGACGCAUCGGCAGCAUGACAGGGGUGGAGCAGGCCCAGUACCAGAAGGUGCCCACGGACGAAUCGGAAGCCCAGACACUGGCCUCGGCUGACCUGGACUACAUGAAGAGCCACAGGUUCGAGGACGUGCCCGGGGUCCGACGGCACCUGGUCCGCAAGAGCGCCAAGGGCCAAGUCGUGCACGUCAGCAAAGACUACACAGAGCCGAGCGCCCGGCUCAGGAAACACAACCGGCAGCCACACGAGGUCUUCGUGGAGCUGAACGAGCUGGUGGUGGACAAGAACCAGGAGCUGCAGUGGAAGGAGACGGCGCGCUGGAUCAAGUUUGAGGAGGACGUGGAGGAGGAGACUGAUCGCUGGGGGAAGCCCCAUGUGGCCUCCCUGAGCUUCCGCAGCCUGCUGGAGCUGCGCAAGACCCUCUCCCAUGGGGCCGUGCUGCUGGACCUGGACCAGAAGACGCUGCCGGGGGUGGCGCACCAGGUGGUGGAGCAGAUGAUCAUCUCGGACCAGAUCCGGGCCGAGGACCGUGCCAACGUGCUGCGGGCACUGCUGCUAAAGCACAGCCACCCGAGCGACGAGAAGGAUUUCUUCCCCCGCAACAUCUCAGCCGGCAGCCUGGGCUCCCUGCUGGUGCAUCACCACAGCGCCAACCACGUGGGCGAGGGUGGCGAGCCCACUGUCACCGAGCCCCUCAUCGGCACCCACACUGCCGAACAUGAGGCCAGGGUCGAGGUGGAGCGGGAGCGAGAGAGCCUGAGCUCGGCACCCCCAGCUGGCAUCACGAGGUCGAAGUCGAAGCACGAGCUGAAGCUGCUGGAGAAGAUCCCGGACAACGCAGAGGCCACGGUGGUGCUUGUGGGCUGCGUGGAGUUCCUGGACCAGCCCACCAUGGCCUUCGUGCGGCUGCAGGCGGCCGUGGAGCUGGACUCGGUGCUGGAGGUGCCCAUCCCCGUCCGCUUCCUCUUCGUGCUGCUGGGCCCCAGCAGUGCCAACAUGGACUACCACGAGAUCGGGCGCUCCAUCUCCACCCUCAUGUCCGACAAGCAAUUCCACGAGGCAGCAUAUCUGGCCGACGACCGGCACGACCUGCUCGGCGCCAUCAAUGAGUUCCUGGACUGCAGCGUGGUGCUGCCGCCCUCCGAGGUGCAGGGCGAGGAGCUGCUGCGCACCGUGGCCCACUUCCAGCGCCAGAUGCUCCAGAAACGCGAGGAGCAGGAGCGCCGGCUGCUGCUGGGCUCCGUGCUGGAGCCCAAGUCAUCCGCUGAGAAAGCGCUGCUGAAGCUGAAGGUGGUGAAGGGGGAGGACGAGGAUGAGGACGAGGAUGACCCCCUGCGGCGCACAGGCCGGCCCUUCGGGGGGCUCGUCCGUGACGUGCGCCGGCGCUACCCCAAAUACCUGAGCGACUUCAGGGACAGCCUGAACCCCCAGUGCGUCGCCGCCAUCAUCUUCAUCUACUUCGCCGCGCUCUCGCCGGCCAUCACCUUUGGGGGGCUGCUGGGGGAGAAGACCCAGGACCUGAUCGGGGUGUCGGAGCUGAUCAUCUCCACGGCCGUGCAGGGCAUCGUCUUCUGCCUGCUGGGCGCCCAGCCACUGCUCAUCAUCGGCUUCUCCGGGCCCCUGCUCGUCUUCGAAGAAGCUUUUUUCACAUUCUGCACGACCAACGGGCUGGAGUACCUGGUGGGGCGUGUGUGGAUCGGCUUCUGGCUCAUCCUCAUCGUGCUGGUGAUGGUGGCCGUGGAGGGCAGCAUCCUGGUGCGCUUCGUGUCCCGCUUCACCCAGGAGAUCUUUGCCUUCCUCAUCUCCCUCAUCUUCAUCUACGAGACCUUCUCCAAGCUGGCCAAGAUCUUCCAGGAGCACCCCCUGCACGGCUGCGGGCGGGCGAACGGGACGGGUGUGGAGAAUGGCAGUGCGCCCCCAUGGAACGGGAUGGGCGCGGAGAAUGGCAGUGCGCCCCUGGGGAACACGACGGGGGGCCGGGCCGGGCUGGCGGUGACGGGGCAGCCCAACACGGCCCUGCUCUCGCUGGUGCUCAUGGCCGGCACCUUCUUCAUCGCCUUCUUCCUGCGCAAGUUCAAGAACAGCCGCUUCUUCCCGGGGCGGAUCCGUCGGGUGAUCGGGGACUUCGGGGUGCCCAUCGCCAUCCUCAUCAUGGUGCUGGUGGAUUUCAGCAUCCGGGACACGUACACGCAGAAGCUGAGCGUUCCCAGUGGCUUCUCAGUGACGGCCCCGGAGAAGCGGGGCUGGGUCAUCAACCCCCUGGGCGAGGGCAGCUCCUUCCCCAUCUGGAUGAUGGUGGCCAGUGCCCUGCCGGCCGUGCUGGUCUUCAUCCUCAUUUUCAUGGAGACCCAGAUCACCACGCUGAUCAUCAGUAAGAAGGAGCGCAGGCUGCAGAAGGGCUCCGGCUUCCACCUCGAUCUGCUGCUCAUUGUGGCCAUGGGCGGCUUCUGCGCCCUCUUCGGGCUGCCCUGGCUGGCGGCCGCCACGGUGCGCUCGGUGACCCACGCCAACGCCCUGACCGUCAUGAGCAAGGCCGUGGCCCCCGGCGACAAGCCCAAGAUCCAGGAGGUGAAGGAGCAGCGUGUCACGGGGCUGCUGGUGGCCCUGCUCGUGGGCCUGUCCAUCGUCAUCGGGGACCUGCUGCGGCACAUCCCCCUGGCCGUACUCUUCGGGAUCUUCCUCUACAUGGGCGUCACCUCGCUGAACGGGAUCCAGUUCUACGAGCGCCUGCAUCUGCUGCUCAUGCCCCCCAAGCACCACCCCGACGUCACCUACGUCAAAAAGGUGCGCAGCCUGCGGAUGCACCUCUUCACGGGCCUGCAGCUGGCGUGCCUGGCCGUGCUCUGGGCCGUCAUGUCCACCGCCGCCUCCCUGGCCUUCCCCUUCAUCCUCAUCCUCACCGUGCCGCUCCGCAUGUGCCUGCUCACCCGCAUCUUCACCGCCCGCGAGCUGAAGUGUCUGGACGCGGAGGAGGCGGAGCCGAUCUUCGAUGAGCGGGAAGGGGUGGACGAGUACAAUGAGAUGCCGAUGCCCGUGUGAGGGGUGCCAGCGAGUGACCCUGUGCAGGGCUGCGGGGCACAGGCAGGCCCCUGGCUGCUGCGCCAGGAGCUGCAGCGGCAUCGCCCGGACCUGCGCCAUCUCCAGCACCGUGGCCGCUUGGACUGUGCCCUGCACUCCCCCAGUGCCUGUGCCACGGUAGCCAUGAGACGCUCACAUCUCACCCCACGGCCCGGGCUGCAGCGCCCUGCCCUGCGGGGGGCCUGCUACCCGCCCUGGGCAGGGAGUGGGGCCCAGGGGCUGGCGCGGGAGCAACUGGGCCGUGCCGCCUGCCCCCAGCAACUGCCGUCCGAACUGUAUCGUAUGCUGGAACCUGCUC